UGCAAUCGUGCAGUGCAUGCGUCUGUGGGCGGCGACCUCAAUACCAGCUGCAUAUCCACAUCCUCGCGUGCCAGCAGCUACCUCAGCCUCGAGACUAGCGUGGAGCCCAACGAGCAUACUCCGCUGCUGGCCGCCAGCGGCACCCCAACCCCCGAUUCAGCCCGGACUAGUGCGACGACAGCUGUUGGCACAGCGAUCUACACAAAAGAGUGCUUUAAUUGGCGCAUCAUUGGACUGCUCUCGAUGUUCAUCAGCGCCAUGGUGCUGGCCACAUAUUUGCUCUGGCGACAAACAUCAGCUCCGCCGGACAAUGGCUACAAGCUGCAUCUCGUCCGACAUGAUAUAUGGAGUGGGGCCCAUUUGCAUGGUCAGGCGCUGCUGGAGGCGGGCAAAGUCGUAAACGUUUUCAUCACACACACGGCCAGCGAGGAGUGCAGCGAGAACUGUGCGAAUCUGCUGCAUAGCUUGCAGCGCAAACGUUUGGGGGAGCUUCCGUUUAACUUUCUCAUGGCUGGCGACUGUGAGACAUACGAGGCGCGCGGCUGGCAGUACGCGAGCAGCUUCGAGUCGCUGCCCCAGGCCAGCUCCUUGGUAUUGGCCUUUGUCGGGGACUUUAGCCAAUGGCUGCCGAGUCUGUGCCAGCUGCAGAUGGCCAAAGCGCUGCUCUGGGAGUCGCAGAGGCGCCUCAAGUUGCAGCCGAGCUAUCAGCUGUAUGCGCUGCGCAAUGUGAGUCGCAGUGAACGGGAUGCGGAUGCACUGCUGCGUCAGCUGCAGCUCUGGCCGCUCUAUGCCGGCCAGCGGCUAGUGAAGUAAAACUGAAGCUU